GCGUGAAUCACGAAACAUACCAGAGGCGUGAAUUAGUUCCAGUCUGCGCCAUAAAAAACGUGACGAGUAAAGCAUUAUCUCGUCUCUGAUACAGAUCAGAUGUAAGGCUGAUAUCAUUCAAACACUAUGAGGGCGAUUUAUUUCCUAGCCAUUAUUGCCGUCGUUGCAGCGAUAUUCCCCGAAGCUGAGAGCGGAUCGGUAUACAGCCCCAAGCAGAAUUAUCGAGCGGAAGGUCAAAACGGCAAGUAUUACAAGACGAGUCAGAAAUUGGCGGGACCGACGGCGCCCAAGAACGAAUCGCAGCCGCAGCCAGGUCGGAAAAUGAUCGUUUCAGCUUGGGGGAUCAUCGCGUUAAUUAUCGGCGUUAUUAUACUAAGUACACUAACUUAUUACAUAUUUAUGCUGUAUCCAUAUAUAUGUAAGAGGGAAGCGACCUACGACAUCAUAGAAUUGACGGAAGUUAACUCUGUGUGCACUGUUGACAAUGUUAACAAUGUGCCGCACGAACUUAGAGUAUAUUGCCACUCGAAUGACAUAUCGAAUGACGUGUCGAACGACGUGUCGUUGAAUCGAUAAAGGAUCAAAGCCUGAAAAGACAAUGUAAACUCAGACAUUUAUUUUAUAAGCAUAGGUACAUUUAUUAAUUUAGAGUAAUAGUAUUUUUGUACAAGUUUAAUAGCAAUUAAGUUUUAUACCAAUUUAAAACAACACUGCCAUAUAAGACAUUUCAGAGUAGAAAAAUAUUAAGAUUGAGAUUAUUGCGCGUUUUCAUACUAUCUUAUAGUAGAGCGUCCUAGGAAAGUCCUUUCGCUGGCAGAUUCUAAAAAGCAUUCUAAGACGAACACAUCGAGGCUAUAUAUAAUAUUUUCAAAUUAUAUACGAUUGAAGUUAGUUAGCUAAUUCUAGCGUCUAAAAUUCGUGCGUUCAUGCAGGCAUGGUACAUCGCGCGCGUGAUAGCUCUUAACCACUACAUUUUUAUGCUGUAUCCAUAUAUAUGCACUUUAAAAUAAGAAAUUAAAUUUCAGCACUUUUUCGAUAAACGCAUUAAUUAUGUCAAUAUUUAAAAAGCGAGUCAAUUGCCCUUCCUAAUCGCGCGUGCGAUGUAUCAUGUGCAACCCGUAGUACUGUGAUCAAUUCAUACAAACCAAGACGAACAUAGAAAUGUAGCUACAGGGAAUUUCAUCUAAUUUAAUCUUAAUGGAAACUGAAAUUAAAAUCGGAAUCAUUUUGAAAUUUUUCUUCCGUUAUGUCGCGGGUUAAUUUUGACCAGUUAAUUUCACGGAAAGUCUAAUCGAAAUUUAUAAAUCUAUAAAAUUCUUGAAGUGUCAAUGGCCAUUGGGGGGGCCCCCAUUUUUCGAAAUUGUUGCUGUUUGAAUAAUUUGUUUUUAUAUAAAUACAAUAAGGUAACGUGAUCUGAUGGAAUCUGCUAUAGGUUUACAAUUUUGGUCCAAUCUAAUAUCCGCUUGCAAUAGUGUAUCAUCUCUCUCAGACAUACAAUCUAACGGAUAUUCAUGUAUGUGCAUCUCUCAUGUAUGAGCAAUCUACGGAGCUGAACAUCGUACGGUUGUAAUAGGCAAUAGCUCUGGUCCUAUUUACUACACCAUAAUAUGUUCAAUAUUGAUCUAAAUUAGCAUAUCUAUGUUAUAAACCCCAUUAAUAAACUUAUGCAAUAUAAUUCAUUUCUUACGAGAUUUUAACAAUGUCGUGAUAUUUAAAUAAGAAGCAUUUAAUAAUUUAAUAUGAGAGAUGUUAUAAUUGGUUAACUUAAUCAUUUUUUUAUAAUUAAAAUAAAUGAUGAAUCAAGACAAUGAAGUAAUGCCAAGUGGCUUAAUGAGCUUAAUCAUUUAAAAAGUUUUAUAACUUCGAUACAUUCUCGUUUAAGUUUUCGUAUUACACAUUCCCAGAAUCUGUCAGCGAAAUGAUAUAUAACUUUUCUAGGACGUCCUGUAUAUGCAAUACUGGGAUCAAUUUUUUAAAAUGAUCGUUUUAGCUGGGAGGGGGGGAGGGGAUUAUCGCAUUAAUUAUAGACGUUAUCAUAUUCAUAACACUACUCUUGUAACUGUACUCCGUUGAAACGCAAGCCUCCGUCUAUCGAGCUAAUCGCUGAGAUGAGUUAUCUAGUGGAGUUGAAAAGGAAUUUCACCGAGUAUAUGCGUGAGUCGCCAAAUUAUGUGCAAUUUUUUAAAAAUUCGUUAAAAAUGAAGCUACUAAACGAAGACAAAAACGUAACGCCAACGAUACGGCAUAUGAGGCGUAUCACGACUGCAGCUUAAUACCGGCAGAAUUAAGAAUUUAUUACAUCUUUAUGAUGCAUACAUAUGCAAGAAGAACGCGACAGUAUAGAAUUGACGGAAGUUAACUCUGCGUGUACACCGUUAGUGAUAAUGUUAACAAUGUGCCGCACAAAGAAUAUAUUGCGACUCGAACGAUAAAUUUUACAAGCAUUUAUAGCGAACGAUAUGGAAAUAAUUUUACUCUUAUUGCAUUUAUAUUGCCGUUGUGAGAAAAGACUGAAUUAUAUAAACUAAAAAUGAUCUUGGGCACAUGUUAGAAACGAAGAAACGUUAAGUGUGCGAAAAACUUUCUAACGAGAGACGUUAGAAGUUUUUCUUUAAACAUAAUUAUUAGUUUAUAUACAUACAAAUAGUAUACCACGUACAGCAAUUCUGCUUGUGAUGGAAGACUCUAAAAGACUGCAAAAGAGUACACUCAUUUUAAUUAGAAUGGAAUGAUAUCAAUUAUACUAACAUGCCACAAUACAGACUGAUUUUUAUAAUCUCCUAAAUUUGUUCCGAAAUCCCGUUAUAGGGAAAGUGUCAAUUAAUAGCCUUGCUGAGAAAUCGUUUUCUUUGCGUCACUUCAAUAUGCGUAAAACUCACAAUACUCAUAAAAAUGUACUUUGAAAUAACAAUACACAAUAGCCUAAAUGCAUGAUGUAUAUUUAUUACAAAUAGGAUUUUUUUAUAAACUAUGUGUACCUUAGACAAUCUACUUUUAAAAACGUAAACAAGCUAAUAAAUGCGUCAUGACAACACGAAACUUCAAA